AUGGCGCAAGCGUUUCCCCUCACGGACGUCAUCCAGAGGCUCUUUACCGAGUUGAAGUCUAAGAAUGAGGAUACGCGGAUUCGAGCUGCUUAUGAGCUUCACGAAAAUGUGUUGGCCCUCUCAAGAGAUUGGCCCCCCGAGAAGUUCGUUGACAUUCAUAACGCCAUUAGUCAACGCAUUGCGCAGCUCAUUGUCACCGGCAGUGAUGCCCAUGAACGAAUUGGUGGUAUUCUUGCGCUUGAUCGGUUAAUAGAUUUCGAGGGGGUGGAUAAUGCACAGAAGACAACCAGAUUCGCGAGUUAUCUGCGGAGCGCGCUCCGCAGCAAUGAUAAUGCCGUACUUGUGUACGCUGCGCGGGCACUCGGUCGCUUGGCCAAGCCUGGUGGUGCCCUUACUGCGGAACUGGUUGAAAGUGAGAUACAGUCGGCAUUGGAAUGGCUUCAGUCUGAACGACAAGAAGGCCGGCGGUUCGCUGCCGUUCUGGUUAUUCGAGAGCUCGCAAAGGGCUCCCCCACUCUCCUCUACGGGUUUGUUUCCCAGGUUUUCGAACUUAUCUGGGUUGCUCUCAGGGACCCCAAGGUGCUUAUCCGAGAAACUGCUGCGGAAGCCGUGAGCGAAUGCUUCGAAAUCAUUGCCGCGAGAGAUAUGCAGGUCCGGCAGCUAUGGUUUGCGAGGAUAUAUGAGGAAGCGCUUCAAGGCUUGAAGUCAAAUAAUAUGGACUGGAUCCACGGCUCGCUCUUGAUACUUAAAGAGCUUCUCCUCAAAGGAGCUAUGUUCAUGAAUGAGCACUAUCGGAAUGCUUGUGAAAUCGUGCUUCGUCUCAAGGACCACCGGGAUCCCAAAAUUCGGACCCAGGUUGUUCUCACAAUUCCCAUUCUCGCCUCCUAUGCUCCCGUUGACUUCACCGAAACAUAUCUGCACAGAUUCAUGGUGUAUCUUCAAGCUCAGUUGAAGAGGGAAAAGGAGCGAAAUGCCGCUUUUGUAGCCAUUGGAAAGAUUGCCAAUGCGGUUGGUGUGGCCAUCGCACAAUACCUCGACGGUAUCAUUGUAUACAUCCGCGAAGGACUGGCCAUGAAGGCGCGGAAUCGCGCUGCUAUAAAUGAAGCCCCCAUGUUUGAAUGCAUCAGUAUGCUAUCGCUAGCUGUGGGGCAGGCUCUCAGCAAAUAUAUGGAAUCACUUCUCGAUCCCAUUUUUGCCUGUGGCUUAAGCGAAUCCCUUACCCAGGCUCUUGUUGACAUGGCCCAUUACGUACCACCAAUAAAAUCGACAAUUCAAGUAAAGCUACUGGACAUGCUAAGCCUCAUCCUGGAUGGCACGCCUUUCCGACCUCUGGGUUGUCCUGAAAGCAGGCUGCCUCCGCUGCCAUCGUUUGCUAAAGACUUCACCCUGCAGGAGCUACAUUCUGAUACUGAGAUUGCCUUAGCCCUGCAUACUCUGGGAAGCUUUGACUUCUCUGGACAUAUUUUGAAUGAGUUUGUGCGCGAUGUCGCUAUCCACUACGUCGAGAACGACAACCCUGAGAUUCGGAAAGCUGCUGCCCUUACAUGCUGCCAACUAUUCGUGCACGACCCCAUCAUCAAUCAAACAAGCAGCCACUCGAUUCAAGUUGUGAGCGAAGUCAUUGAUAAACUAUUGACGGUCGGCGUUGGUGAUCCGGACGCCGAAAUCCGACGCACUGUCCUAUGGUCCCUCGAUCGCAAAUUUGACCGGCACCUUGCGCGGCCAGAGAACAUCCGAUGUCUCUUUUUAGCAGUCAAUGACGAGGUUUUUGCCGUCAGAGAGGCGGCUAUUUGCAUCAUUGGGCGUCUUUCCAGUGUUAAUCCGGCCUAUGUCUUCCCACCUCUGCGAAAAUUGCUGGUGAACUUGCUGACCGGGCUCGGGUUUGCAAGCACUGGCCGCCAGAAGGAAGAAAGUGCCCAGCUUAUUAGCCUGUUUGUUUCGAAUGCCACGAAACUGAUACGGUCGUAUGUUGACCCUAUGGUUACAACACUGUUACCGAAAGCAACCGAUGCCAACCAUGGUGUUGCUUCCACUACGCUAAAAGCUGUUGGCGAACUUGCAAGCGUUGGGGGAAGCGAUAUGAAAGUUUAUCUGCCCAAGCUUAUGCCGAUUAUCCUGGAUGCACUGCAGGACCUUUCUUCUCAUGCGAAGAGAGAAGCGGCUUUGCGAACGCUAGGCCAAAUAGCCAGCAACUCUGGCUAUGUCAUCGACCCGUACACCGAACAUCCUCAUCUUCUAGCGGUACUCAUCGGCAUCAUAAAGACGGAGCAGACAGGAUCACUUCGCAAAGAGACAAUAAAGGUUUUGGGAGUCCUUGGUGCUCUGGAUCCCUACAAAUACCAGCAAAUAAGCGAGACUGCACCGGAUGUCCACCACAUUAACGAGGUGCAGACAGUGUCUGAUGUCAGUCUCAUCAUGCAGGGUCUUGCUCCGUCCAAUGAAGAGUAUUAUCCAACUGUUGUUAUACACACCCUCAUGCAGAACAUACUCCGCGAAAAUUCCCUUCAACAACACCAUUCUUCUGUUAUCGAUGCGAUAGUCACGAUAUUCAAGACGCUUGGCGUGAAGUGUGUCCCCUUCCUCGGCCAGAUUCUUCCUGGCUUUAUUUCCGUCAUCCGCAGUUCGCAGCCAAGUCGGCUUGAAACUUAUUUUAACCAAAUGGCAAUCCUUGUCAAUAUUGUGAAACAGCACAUCAGGGCCUUUCUCCCUGAGAUUAUUGAGGUUGUUCAGGAGUACUGGGACGUCUCAUAUCAGGUUCAAACAACCAUUCUCUCGCUUGUGGAUGCGAUAGCCAAGUCUCUCGAGGGCGAAUUCAAAAAAUACUUGGCCAAUCUCAUUCCUCCAAUGCUGGACACACUGGAGAAUGAUAGCUCGUCGCGGCGCCAGGCUUCAGAAAGAAUCCUGCACAGCUUUCUGAUCUUCGGCUCCAGCGGGGAAGAGUACAUGCAUUUGAUUGUGCCCUCUAUCGUCCGUCUAUUCGAUAGAGUUCAAAACCCGGCCAGUAUCAGAAAGUCAGCUAUUGACAGCCUGACAAAACUGUCGCGGCAGGUAAACGUUUCCGACUUUGCGUCCUUGAUUGUACACUCUCUAUCACGCGUCGUUGCCGGCAACGAUCGCACGUUACGGCAGGCUGCCAUGGACUGCAUCUGCUCUCUGAUAUUCCAGCUUGGUCAAGACUUUAACCAUUAUAUCCAUCUGCUGAACAAGGUUCUUAAGCAGCAUCAAGUCACUCAUGUUAAUUACCAGAUUCUUGUGACAAAGCUCCAAAAAGGAGAUCCACUUCCACAGGAUCUGAACCCUGAUGAGAGCUAUGCACAGUUGGCAGAUGAUGCCAUCUAUGCUGAGGUUGGUCAAAAGAAGAUAGUAGUCAAUCAACAGCAUCUGAAGAAUGCUUGGGACGCAUCGCAGAAGUCAACACGUGAGGAUUGGCAAGAAUGGAUCCGACGUUUCAGCGUGGAGUUAUUGAAGGAGUCACCUUCACCGGCUCUGCGCGCUUGCGCCAGUUUGGCCGGUAUUUAUCAACCGCUCGCCAGAGACCUGUUCAACGCUGCCUUCGUCUCUUGCUGGACAGAACUGUAUGAUCAGUAUCAGGAGGAGCUUGUCCGGUCAAUUGAGAAGGCGCUCACUUCACCGAACAUUCCACCUGAGAUCCUCCAGAUUCUUCUCAACCUUGCAGAGUUUAUGGAGCACGACGACAAGGCGCUACCAAUCGACAUCCGCACUCUAGGCAAAUACGCCGCCAAGUGUCACGCGUUUGCCAAAGCUCUUCACUACAAGGAACUCGAGUUUGAACAAGACCAGAAUUCUGGAGCAGUAGAAGCCCUGAUCACUAUCAAUAAUCAACUUCAGCAGUCCGAUGCUGCUAUUGGUAUUCUUCGAAAGGCCCAGGCUUAUCGGGACGUUGAGCUGAAGGAGACCUGGUUUGAGAAACUUCAGCGCUGGGAAGAAGCUCUUGCGGCCUACAAGCGUCGCGAAAGGAUUGACCCCGACUCUUUCGGUAUUACAAUGGGAAAGAUGCGCUGUCUACACGCUCUUGGAGAGUGGAAAGUCCUGUCUGACCUGGCUCAGGAGAAAUGGAAUCAGGCUUCUCUGGAACAUCGUAAAUCAAUUGCUCCAUUAGCCGCGGCAGCUGCAUGGGGUCGUGGCCAGUGGGAAUUGAUGGACUCGUAUCUUGGAGUCAUGAAAGAACAAUCCCCUGACCGUUCUUUCUUUGGAGCUAUUCUGGCGAUCCACCGCAAUCAAUUUGAUGAAGCCGCCAUGUACAUCGAGAAAGCUCGGAAUGGGCUUGACACGGAGCUCUCAGCACUGCUCGGAGAGUCAUAUAACCGCGCCUACAAUGUUGUUGUCCGCGUUCAGAUGCUAGCUGAACUCGAGGAGAUUAUCACCUACAAACAGAACGUUGGUGACCCAGAGAGGCAAGAUGCGAUGCGCCAGACUUGGAACAGGCGACUUCUCGGCUGCCAGCAGAAUGUGGAGGUAUGGCAACGUAUGCUGAAGGUUAGAGCACUUGUUACAACUCCGAGAGAGAAUCUAGACAUGUGGAUCAAGUUUGCCAACUUGUGCCGCAAAUCUAAUCGGAUGGGUCUGGCUGAACGCUCUCUUGCAUCGCUGGAGACAGUCAUGUCUGACGGUAGCGGUGGUACACGAAUUAUCUCGCCUCCAGAAGUCACUUAUGCUCGUCUAAAAUUUAGCUGGGCAACUGGCCGUCAACGCGAGGCUCUCCAAAUGCUGAGGGAGUUUACCGGCAAUCUUACGGAAGACUUUACUCGUUUCAAUGCUCUUGUGGCUUCGCAAUCCGACCAUAAUGGUACCAACGGUGUCAAUGGUAUCACAGAAGGAAAUCAUACGGAUAUCAUGGGUCUAAGAGAGCGCGUUGGUGAUGUCAACAAGUUCAGAAAGCUCCUUGCUAAGAGUUAUUUGAGACUUGGAGAAUGGCAAACCGCCCUACAACGAGGAGAUUGGCGGCCCGAGCAUGUGCGUGAAGUCCUUAACGCAUACUCAGCGGCCACCAGAUACAACCGUGAUUCCUACAAAGCCUGGCACUCAUGGGCCCUGGCGAACUUUGAGGUUGUGACAACGAUUGCUAGUCAAGCAAGCAAGGAUGGCGGAAACCUGGCACUGGUUCCAGGGCAUAUUGUAACAGAACAUGUGAUCCCUGCUAUCCGUGGAUUCCUAAGGUCUAUUGCUCUUUCGUCAACAUCUUCUUUGCAAGACACCCUGCGACUGCUUACCCUCUGGUUCAAUCAUGGUGGCGACCAGGAAGUCAACUCAGUUGUUACAGAAAGCUUUACCGCUGUGAAUAUUGACACAUGGCUUGCUGUGACACCCCAGCUUAUCGCCCGUAUCAACCAGCCCAACUUCCGGGUUCGCAGCGCUGUUCAUCGCUUGCUGGCCGAGGUUGGCAAGACCCAUCCUCAAGCUCUCGUGUACCCACUUACAGUUGCGAUGAAAUCGAAUGUUGCUCGACGAUCACAGUCUGCAAGUAAUAUUAUGGAGAGCAUGCGGACGCAUAGUGCAAACUUGGUUGAGCAAGCGGAUCUUGUAAGUCACGAGCUGAUCAGAGUCGCUGUUCUUUGGCACGAGCUCUGGCACGAAGGACUAGAAGAAGCCUCACGACUCUACUUUGGUGACCAUAACGUCGAGGGAAUGUUCUCAACACUUGCCCCGCUUCAUGAGUUGCUUGACAAGGGUGCUGAAACGCUGCGUGAGGUAUCAUUUGCUCAAGCAUUUGGACGCGACCUUGCCGAGGCCAAGCAUUACUGCAUGCUGUUCCGUGAAACUGAAGAAAUCGGUGAUCUAAACCAGGCCUGGGACCUGUAUUACACCGUCUUCCGAAAGAUCAGCAGACAGCUACCACAGCUCUCAACCCUAGACCUGAAAUAUGUCUCACCCAAGCUCAAAGACUGCGUGGAUCUUGAUCUAGCUGUUCCUGGAACUUACCAGAGCGGCAGGCCGAUCAUCCGCAUCAUCAGUUUCGAUCCUAUCCUCCACGUUCUUCAAACCAAGAAACGGCCACGAAGGAUGACAUUGAAGGGCAGUGAUGGCAGCUCCUACAUGUACGUGGUCAAGGGUCACGAAGAUAUCCGACAAGAUGAGAGAGUCAUGCAAUUGUUCGGCUUGGUCAACACUCUGCUUGAUAAUGACAGUGAGAGUUUCAAGAGACAUCUGACGGUGCAGCGAUUCCCCGCCAUUCCACUGUCUCAAAACUCUGGUAUCAUUGGCUGGGUCACCAACAGUGACACCUUGCACGCCUUGAUCAAGGAAUACCGAGAGACUCGACGCAUUCUUCUCAACAUCGAACACAGGAUCAUGUUGCAAAUGGCACCGGACUAUGACAACCUAACGCUCAUGCAAAAGGUUGAAGUCUUUGGCUACGCCAUGGACAAUACGACUGGAAAGGACUUGUACCGGGUUUUGUGGCUGAAGAGUAAGAGCUCCGAGGCCUGGCUUGAGCGGCGAACCAACUACACUCGGUCUCUUGGUGUCAUGUCCAUGGUCGGCUACAUCCUUGGUCUGGGUGACCGCCACCCUUCCAAUCUUCUCUUGGACCGGGGGACCGGAAAGGUGGUCCACAUCGAUUUUGGUGACUGCUUCGAAGUAGCAAUGCAUCGUGAGAAGUAUCCGGAGCGGGUGCCAUUCCGCCUCACGCGUAUGUUGACCUUUGCAAUGGAAGUCAGCAAUAUUGAAGGAAGCUACCGAAUCACUUGUGAAGCGGUUAUGCGAGUGAUACGUGAGAACAAGGACUCGUUGAUGGCUGUUCUGGAGGCUUUCAUUCACGACCCUCUGAUCAACUGGCGUCUUGGAAUCCGGGAGUCUCCUGACAGGAUGCCAUUCAACGCGGAACGUCGCCAAUCGAUUGUUUCGAAUGUGAACCUCGAACACGGCGUUCAGCCCAGUAACUUCUCCCGCCAUCGACGGCCUUCGAUUCUUGAAGGCGGUAUCCUCGACGCUCAAGAAGGCGUUCCCAACGAGGCUCGCGAGGCGCAAAACGCAAGAGCCUUACAGGUGCUGGCGCGGGUGCGCGAGAAACUGACCGGUCGGGACUUCAAGCCCAGCGACGAGCUCAAUGUGAGCGAUCAAGUUGACAAGCUUCUCGCGCAGGCAACUAGCGUGGAGAACAUAUGCCAACAUUGGAUUGGAUGGUGCAGUUUCUGGUGA